AUGCCUCAACAGGCAAAUGCAACAGCUCUGCCAUCAAAUACAACAACUCCAUCUACCAAUACACACUCUCAGAGUGCCUGGACAACUUUGGCUACAACCGACCAUGACUUUGAGAAUGUAUCUGCCGUUACGGAUGGGUCAUUCAAUACCACUGAAUAUCCCUAUGGCAAUUUGACAACAGCAUUUCCUGGAAAUACUAGUACAACUGGCCCAGUUCCUCAGGUGACUAUACCUUCAAGUAAGUUACUCUGCAAUGCAACAGAUACUAGAAUUAUCCUAUUUUUGUUAAUUCAGAGCAAAUGAUAGCAUAUUACAGAAAUUACUUUCAGUUGCAAGGUAAAUUAUACCUAUCCUUUUAACAUAUUUUAACACUUGUUUUAUAUGUUUGCAUUCUAGGGAGAUGUUCUUCAGUUUUACCUCUGUGUUGUACUGGGCUCAACAAUUCCUGUUUCAGAGGUUGCUACUGUGAUGUGGCCUGUCUAAGGUUUAGAGAUUGCUGCCCAGACUUCCAGACUACUUGUGUGACAAGUAGAGUUGGGCUACUGUCUUAUCAUGUCUGUUUUUAUGGAGGCCCUUGAUCACUAUUAAUAAUAGUUUUAAAAUCUUGAAAUUGCAGAAACUUUGAAUUAUAAACAUUUGCCUGAGGUGGCAUCAUUUAAUGUCUUUGUUUAAAGGUGUGCAGGAUGAAACUUCUCUUUCAGCCACUGUGUCCCCAGUCUCCAAUGCAACCAAUGCAACCAAUGCAACCAAUGCAACCAAUGCAACCAAUGCAAACAAUGCCACUUCCAAAUCAUUCCCAAUGUUCUCAUUUCCAGGUUCCUUUAGUUUUCUUCUCUACCACAUCGGAAUGCUAACUUUUUCAAUACAUUUCAUCAAACCUUUACAUUUAAACUUCCUGUUCCAAUAAAUUGUGUUAUUCCAAUCUUCCUAAAGGAAAUUAUUCUGCGCAGCCGGCCCUGUGCUGUAAAGGCACUAACGUUAACUGCUUCAGAGGGUGCUUCUGUGACGAGUCU